AAGCAAAGCCAAGUGAUCAGCGGUGUUGAAGUAAAGACCAGCUAAGGUUUUUUUUCCACAGCCUUAAUCUUUUCGGAUAGUAUGAUAGGACUACUCGGCAGAUAGGAAUGCCAGCAUCGAAGAAGAGAGCUACUCGGCUCGUAGAGGACUGAUCCGAUCUUUUUUCAACUCGCUACUCUUCUCCUGCUAGCGGAUUAGCUCUUCCCCCGAACUUACACCCUUGUGUCGGGCUGUAGAAAAUGAAUGGUAGGGGGAUACAGCAUAGUGAAGCUAGAUAUGGUUCGGGUGGUACCCUUGGAAGGGGUCCCUCAUAGAUCGAUAGAUCUACCACUUUUAUUACAGGUAUUUCUUGAUCUUACGGAUGAUCUCAUCUAUCUAUUUAUUCUGAUUAUCUGCUUUCUUCUCAGGCAUAUCUGACUUCUUCUUCUUAGAAGCUUUCUCCUUCUUAGAAUCUUUGAUAUUCUGUGAAUCAGAAUUCAUCUGAUCAGAAUUAGCCAAUUCUCUUUGGAGAUCUUCAUUUUGCUCUAAUAAGCUUUUAAUUAACUUCUAGUACUAGUACUAGUAUUAGUAUAGGAAGUAGGAUUCAAACUUUUCACAUCCCCUUCUCCUAUAUGAAGAGGUUUUGUUCCUACCCAUUUGUUAUUUUUGUCAAAAACGAACUCUCGCUUCUUACUUCCUAUCCCCUCCCCAUAGUGAUACGUGCCAUUUUCUUUUCCACCAAUAGCUUAGUUCUUACUGAACUUUAGCUCAUAUUCAAACUUCUGCUUUCAAUAUGGAUAAGAGACUUGCUGCCCUGCCCUAGGAAGAGCGGCUAUAAAAAGCUUGCAAAAAACACUCUUGCUUGGUUGGAAGGUAUGGUAAAGGUAAACUGUAUCUAUUUUUUUAUAUAAAAAAGGGAGUGCUAAAGGAGUCAUUCAGAAGUGAGUGAAGGGGCAAAAAAGCUCAUUUCUUUCAUUCAGGAAUGGACACUGGACCAGAAUGAAAUGUGGGAAUAUCGGGAUUGGCAGAUUUGUUAUAUUGAAAUAAGCCUCAACUCAACACGACUAGUGAAUUCAAAUUAUAGUCACUUGCGGAUUUCUUAAAAUUGUUGUAGUGUAGUGUAGUAUUGUGGUUUUUCAGUAAAGACCCCGACCUAUAAAUAUUCACAGCCCGGCUCAUACGGGCGGACAAUAUUCACCCAGAGCCCCGUUGCGACCGCAAUGCUGUUCUUGAAGGACCUUACCUUAGAGUAGAGCAAAAAAAGGGAAUAGAAGUUAGGAAGACUACUGACGUAGGGCGGCGGGUGAGCUCAACCUCGAACCAAACAAGCAACGGAUUGAGCAACUAGCGCUAGGCGCAUCCUCUUGCUCCUUAACGACCGAGGGAUGAAAUCUUUCGACGACUAGGGAGGCCCGAGACCGAUUCCUGUGGAUCACUAUAGAAUCUUCUGGAAGCAAGCUAGGCUACCUUCUGGCUAGCUCUGCCAUCUUAGAAAAAUUCCUUCGCGCUUAGCUUAGUAAGCUAGCUUGGUAAGCUAAGCAAGCCUGGUUCUCCGGGCACUAUGGUAGGACGUGGAUCGAUCAUGACGAGAAUGGACUUCUCCGUCAUGUAAUGGUUUAGAAGAGUCACGGUCCAGUUCCCCGCCGGGCUUUUUCCCUUCUCGACUAGACGAAGGAGAUAUUCAUUCCAUUCAGGCAGGUGAGGAAGGGCGGCGUCGGCUUGACCCUGUCUUCUCUGGGUCGGAGGCUAAGUUUAUCAUUCAGUGGUGAGGUGUUCAUAGAAAGCAAGGCCUCGCCCAACGCAACGAGUGGCGGAUUUGGUUUGGAUGGGGUCUCGUCUCGCUUGGACGCUGGGGAGAUCUGGAUAGAGUCUUUCUCGCUCAGUAAAGAAGAGUACGCGCGCUACGGCUUACGCAGUGGAUCUUCGGGCAACCGGCACAUCCAAUUCCGAUCAACAACUUGGAUGGAGGUAUGGCUGAGUGGCUUAAGGCAUUGGUUUGCUAAAUCGACAUACAAGAAGAUUGUAUCAUGGGUUCGAAUCCCAUUUCCUCCGGUUGAACGGGCGGGCGAAAUUACGUGAGAGAAAGAACCUCAGAUUGAUGGAGUCCGCCGUCGGACAGAAUAGCACUACUUAGUGACUAGGAGCGGAGCGCCCCUUUCUUGUUCUUGGUGGCGUCUAUAGCGAAGAAGACCUUCCCGAACGAGGGCCGUCCAGUCCCUGGGCGGCUCUCGGUUCUUGAGCAAGCUCCUCCACUGCGGGUAGGAUGCUCAUAGAUGAAGAAAAGAGACUUUAGGCAAGUGGUUCUGGUAGCUCAGCUGGUUAGAGCAAAGGACUUAAAAUCCUUUUUUGCUUGUUUCAGUGGGAAGAGCAAGGGGCAUUGCCCUUGAAAUCCUUCAGUGGUUCGAAUCCACAUCUGAGCGUCUUUUUUUUUCGGUAUGCCGCUCCGCGAGCAAGGAGCGCCGCGAGGAGAGCGAGAGAACGAAGUGGGCUUUGGUGAUGUCGGAAUUUGCACCUAUUUGUAUCUAUUUAGUGAUCAGUCCGCUAGUUUCUUUGAUUCCACUCGGUGUUCCUUUUCCAUUUGCUUCCAAUAGUUCGACCUAUCCAGAAAAAUUGUCGGCCUACGAAUGUGGUUCCGAUCCCUCCGGUGAUGCCAGAAGUCGUUUCGAUAUACGAUUUUAUCCGGUUCCUAUUUUAUUUAUUAUCCCUGACCCGGAAGUCACCUUUUCUUUUCCUUGGGCAGUACCUCCUAACAAGAUUGAUCUGUUUGGAUCUUGGUCCAUGAUGGCCUUUUUAUUGAUUUUGACGAUUGGAUCUCUCUAUGAAUGGAAAAGGGGUGCUUCGGAUCGGGAGUAACCACUAGUGAAAGGGCUAAGGGGGGAAGGACAUAGGAAAGAGGGAUGCCUACAAAAAAUCAAUUGAUUCGUCAUGGUAGAGAAGAAAAACGGCGCACGGACCGUACUCGAGCUUCGGAUCAAUGUCCCCAGAAGCAAGGAGUAUGCCUGCGUGUUUCGACGAGAACACCGAAAAAACCUAAUUCAGCUCUACGUAAGAUAGCAAAAGUACGGUUGAGCAAUCGACAUGAUAUAUUUGCUCACAUUCCAGGCGAAGGUCAUAAUUCGCAGGAACAUUCUAUAGUCUUAGUCAGAGGGGGUAGAGUGAAAGAUUCGCCAGGUGUGAAAUCCCAUCGUAUUCGAGGAGUAAAGGAUUUGCUGGGAAUUCCGGAUCGUAGAAAGGGAAGAUCUAAAUAUGGCGCAGAAAGACCAAAAUCUAAAUGAAUGGAAGAUG